AUGGUUUUAUCAUUCUACAAUUUUCAGUCACUGCUGGUACUUGUUGGUCUAGCGACCCGAGUUGCCGUCGCAGCAUAUCCAGGCUUUGCUGGUCUAAAGACUCUUUUCACAUUGACUGGAUUCUACAUCAGUCGCGAUCAGCCCUCCAUUGCCAAUCCACUUGGAAAUCCGACGUACCCGGGUCCAACCAGCGCAAAUGGAGAAAAUUGGAUCCAGUACUUGACCACUAGGCAUAAUGCAUCGCUUCUAUUGACCUACAACUUCGCGGCGAGCGGCGCCACCGUCGACAACAGCCUUGUGACGUCUAGUAUCGACGUUGUGAGUCAAGUUGAAGAUGGCUUCAUCCCCAACUAUAGUGGGACAAACCAGAAUUGGGAUGCCGAGUCUACCCUGUUCGGCUUCUUCAUCGGAAUCAACGAUAUCGGGAAGUCAUAUAUCAACGGCAACUCCACGGAACUCCAUCCGCUGAUUUUUGACAAGUACGAGAAGUUGGUCGAAGAAGUCUAUGAGGCGGGUGCUCGGAACUUCCUGUUCCUCAAUGUACCGCCGCUUGAGCGGAUGCCGAGAACAACUCAAUCUAGCGCCGCUGGAGAGCGCAUUCCUCUUGAAAAAGCCGCGGUAGCAGACUGGAAUAAUCGUCUUGGGGUAUUCGUUAACGACUUGCGAGACGCUCAUAGAGAUGUGACUGUGUUUCAGUACGAUACCUAUGGACUGUUUGACAGAGUCAUGGAUACACCUGAACGUUACAAAGAAACGGCAGUCUACAAGAACAUGACGACAUACUGUUCAGCAUACCAAAAGUAA